GUAAGAUGUAUCGUGGUCAGUCAAGUGUUUCAUGUUCCAUGUUUGUUUCAGGUUUUACCAAGUUCGCACAGCACUCCGCGUGUCGCCCAAGCUGCCCGUGAAGGUAGAGGUCACCCUGCCGCGUACUCAGAAAACCGAACUGGUGUUCCCAGCUUGUGUAGUCAAUGGAUCCGGGGUCAGCAAAACCUUCCAGAUACUCUACCGCAACGAGGAGGUCUGCUUGGAUGAUGCCAUCAUGUUCCGUGCACACAUCCUAGUCGACAGUCACAAGAUAGAGGAGACGCUGGAGAGGGCUGACUUCUGUCUCUCGGUGGAGCUGUGGUUUACAGACCAGACGUUCGGACCUGAGCAACACAGCGCUAUAACGUGCGUCUCCAGCCGCACACUCCAGCUCCACUUCUCCGCCACCAGGGGCCUCCACUACCACCUUCCGGUGCUGUUCGACUACUUCCACCUGGCCGCCGUCACGCUCACCAUCCAUGCUAGUCUGGUCGCCCUCCACCAGCCCUACAUCAAAAAGAGCAUACUGCAUUUAGUACAAAGCUGCACACCAAGAAGUGGGAAAACCUGGUUGGGGAACCGUCCCAGAUUCAAUUUCCGCCAACCUCAGGCAUCCAUGGAAACUGUGUUCUUCGGAAAUCUGAGUGGUGGUGGUGGGACCAAGUGUGUGGGCUCAGGAGGGAGUCGCCUGGCGCACGCACGCCAUGUACACCGAGAGGUCUGCAGCCUGCUUCUGGCUGCGUAUGAGACGCUGCAGCAAACUCUACAGCAGUAUACACAGUUGUUGCCACAGUGGCAGCAACUCAAGAUGGAGAACAACGCGCCCGAUUGCUUCAAGCGGCUCACGAACAUGAGUGACCUCGCCAAGGACUACCAGCGAGCAAUGCUGGCACGGCCGUCGUCAGUUCUGCGUACACAAGCGCACUGGGACCGUCUGCGGCUGGUGGAGGGAGAGGAGGAGUUUGUCACGCUUGCCAACUCUGACAUUGCCCAGCUGUGUGCGGAGAACAUUCUGCUCUGGCAGCAGUUUCUGGAGGCGUUCUCUUGCAAGGAUCCGGUUCACCAACACCUCGCACGGACCCAUCACCACCUCAGGGUGAAAAGAUUUGCCGAAGGAUUCUUCGUGAUAGACAACCCACGGCAGUCAGCAGCGGGCUGCUACGAUCAGAACUACCAGAGCUAUCUGGCGGUGAGCGAAGCAGCACGUAGGUCUCGGUACUUGGCAUCAUUGCCAGGUCUGCCUGUGCACUGUGCUGAUCUGGAUGGUGACAUUACCACGCUGCCUAUCAUCUUUGAGGACCAAUAUCAGGAGGUUUCAGAGUUUGCAAGGAGACGUUCUGUUGCGGGAAGGAAGGCUGGCAGUGAUCCUUUUCUGAACACCUGUGGAGUGGGAGAUGGGGAUGUCAAGCUAGAGGCGCGGAAAGCUCUGCUGUCCUCGUCCAACCCUAUGCAGGAGGAUUGCAGCUGUGGUAUCGCCGCUAUCCUGGAGUCUCGCUCGCAAAAGGCAAUUCACCAAGGGAACCGGCUGGCAGCUGGUGUCUCUGUUCCAAUGGGUGUGGGCAAAGAGCAGCUGGUGCGCAGAGAUGGUGUCUUAGAGGCCAGUCUGACCCUGAUGCCACAAGCACGCCACAGCAAAUCUCUGGACCAACUGUUGCGCACCCCAACCACAGAUCUCAGCCUUUCACUGCGCACCAAUCAUGCAGUCGAGUACAACAACAAAAGGGAUUCCACGAAAGAGCCAGUUGACUCGGCAACGCUGCCGACUCGAGGUGCAAAGCGGACUAACAACCCUUUAAAAUCAGACAACAACCCAGAAUUUUUCACCUUGCCACUGCCACCAUCCCAUGGGAUGAAACACCGGAUCCCACAGGACAGCAAUAGUGUGCUCCGCAACCUCACGCCGAUACAGAACCGGAAGGAACUGUUCAACCAGAAGUUGUCGAGGAUACCCACUGCCGUGUCCACGCUUCCAUUCUCACUGCCCUCCCACAACAACCAACAGCACAUCAAGCGAAGAAAUGUCCCCCGCAGUGUUCCCAUCCGUGAGACCGUUCCAAUCUCUAGUAGAGACAUUAAUUUAGAAUUUUUUGUCGACCCAAAAGAGCAACCAGCAAAAGAGCUUGUGAACGGGAAUAUGAAGUACAAGGAAGACGUUCCUGUACAUCAACACAGAGUUUUGAGGCCGAGAAGUCUUAUAGACAACAGUACCAACUUAAUUGCUCAACCAUUCCCUGACAGGAUACCCCACCUGAUGAACGGUAACGGGUCGCCUUCUACGGACUCUAAUGACUCUUCCUUGCCGUCAAACUUCCGCCGGUUAGAGACAAGUGCGAGUGUUCCUUACAACCUCAGUGAGGCUACCAAUGGAGUGUCUGCCAUUAAACACUCGCUGAGCACAGCUUCCAUGCCGAGUGCAGUGAGAGUGCGCCCAUUAACGGCCACAGGAGCGAACAGCAGCGAGUCCAUGCCCAACCUCAUGGGCACUCCUCCCCGCCUUCCCGACCCCGCUCCUCUCCAUCGCUCUCCCCUCCUCUCCUCCUCACUGUCUGAGAGUGACAUCAUGUCAGAACAAAGUGGGUGGGUCUCCAGUCACCGGUCUUCAGUGGAAACCUCCAGUGGACAGAUCAGUCCAACAGGAAGUGAAUUGGCCAAACAUCAGACAUUGAACAGUUCACAGCUCCGAGCUCGCCUUGAGGCACUGGUUUCUCCACCAACCCCCACCACUACCCCCGCUCCCACCACAGAACAGGCCGACCAUCCGUACGAGGAGCUGAGACUGCCCCCACCCCGACAGUUUCGAGACGUUCCCCCACCACCUGAGCCCUUCAGAGAUCCUCCUGCUCCUGGGGCAGGACCCAUAGACAACUUACUCUACCACAUGUAUGAGAGCGUGCGGGGGGAAGUGGAGCGAGAACGGAGUUGGCGUCGGAACCGUCGCAGCCAACAGACCAAUGGAGAAGCCAAGCCACCGUUUGUAUGUGGAGGUCCUACCCCUGAUGAAGCCCUUUGCGAGUGUUACAACGAAGACAACCUAAGGCAGCGUUUAGUCACACCUCAGACUGAUGAUUCUGCUUCCUUCCAGAAGAGCAAAGAGGAGUUCAAACGCCAGAUCAACUUCACAGGAAUCAUCUACAGCGAUUUCCCAACGUUGGCAUCAACGUUGCCGUACUUCCACAUCAGUGACGAGUACCGCAUCUUCUCGCCUGAGGGUCUCCACCUUGUGGUCUGUGUCCACGGGCUGGACGGGAACUCCGCAGACCUCCGAUUGGUCAAGACCUACCUAGAGCUGGGCCUCCCAGGCGCCAAUCUAGAGUUCCUCAUGUCCGAGAGAAAUCAGGGUGACACCUUUUCUGAUUUUGACACCAUGACGGAUCGCCUGGUGGGUGAGAUCCUGUACCACGUAGACGCUUGCGGCCUCAAUCCGACCAAAAUUAGCUUCGUAGGCCACUCCCUAGGCAACAUCAUCAUACGUGCUGCUAUCGCUCGGCCUCAGAUGAAGCAUCUCCUGCCGAGGCUGCACACCUUCCUGUCUCUGUCAGGCCCCCACCUGGGCACGCUGUACAAUAACAGUGGGCUCGUAAACAUGGGCAUGUGGUUCAUGCAGAAGUGGAAGAAGUCAGGGUCACUACUCCAGUUGGCGCUACGUGACGCAGCAGAUGUGCGACAGACAUUCCUGUACAAGCUGUCACAACGAUGUCACCUCUCGCACUUCCGUCACCUGCUGCUCUGCGGAUCCAGUCAGGAUCGCUACGUGCCGCUUCACUCUGCCCGCAUCGAGUUAUGCAAGGCUGCAGUUAAAGACACAUGCAGUCUUGGUGCUGCUUACCGGGAGAUGGUCCACAACAUCCUCUACCCGAUCAUCAACAAGCCGGAAGUGACAUUGGUACGAUAUGACGUGCACCAUGCACUCCCCAAUACCGCAAACUCGCUCAUCGGUCGUGCUGCGCACAUCGCGGUGCUUGACUCUGAACUGUUUAUCGAAAAGUUUCUAGUCGUUACAGGGUUAAAGUACUUCAGAUAGACCUAGCCUAGCGUAGAGUAGGAGACUAGGACUAGCCGAACAAGUGUCUUUUCCACAAUCAACGCUGGUGGCCUAGCCUCGUCGAGUUUACAGUCAGUCCUAACAUUACGUGUUGUUCAGUGUAGAAAUACUACCAUUUUGUAUGAAUUUGUGAUAACUAGUAGGGAACUGUACGCAACAGCUGCCCGCUGAAAGAAAAGACAAGUUACCUGCCACUAGUCUUAUGUAGACAUUUUGUUUGAUAUUAUUUGUUCUUCCCCAAUAAUUUGGACUAGUCAGAUUGCCUAAGUUUGCCAUUUUGUCUAGGACAGUUUUUCGUGCUCAAAGUUUACAAAUAGGUUAUUUCUAUUAUACUUACUCAUAUUACUCUGUUUCAGAGGAAUUACUUUCAUGACAUAAACCCCAAGGUGUUCUUAUAUUAAUUUGUUAAACAUUCUGUUUUUGCUUUAUACUGGUCCAGACAUGUGUCAGACACAUCCUAAGCAUUUAAACUUGUCUACUUUUUACCGUUUUACAUAUUUCUAACUGUAAGGUUUAUGUAAAAGACAAAACUCCUAAAAAACAUUACCUUAUAAGUUACCUUAAUAGUUAUAAGAAAUAUUAUGGAAGUAUUGAAGUACGGAAAUAUUAAGAAAGUAUUCUUGCCAAGUGAAUAUAUAAUUUUAUUACAACCAAGAAAGAUUUUCCUAUUAACACUAUGGAAGUGUUAAUACAGUUUACUCUCUUGACAAUAAUAACAUUCAUGCCUGCAAACACAGGUUAAAAUUUUAUAUUUAAUAAACAUCUUAAAUAUUUGACCCACAAAGAAGAUAAUUUUUGUAUUUGAACAUAAUAUUAGGACAACAAUAAAUAAAUUUUGCAGUCCUCUAAAUAAAAUUUAGAAUAAGUAGAACGAUUAAGUGAAAUUUAAUUAAUGUAAAAUUGAACCUCAUAAUACUGAAUUGAGUAAUUUUUUAAUGUAAUUACGUAUGUUAAAGUACUAGUCAAAUGUUAAUCCAUUAUUUUAAAGAUUCCUCUCUGUGUUAACCCUUGGCAGAGUAUUUUGUUUCUGGGACGGCUUUUCUUUAUUUAUUCACAAGAAUAAGGGUAUAGGAACUAAACAAAAUUUAAAAUAGUUAAAAUAUUUGAUUAUUUUUGCAAAUAAACUAAUCAACUUUAUUUAAAGCAAUAAAAAAGAUAAAAUU